AUGGUGGAUCGCUUGGCAAACAGUGAGGCAAAUACUAGAAGAAUAAGUAUAGUGGAGAACUGCUUUGGAGCAGCUGGUCAGCCUCUGACUAUUCCUGGCCGUGUUCUGAUCGGAGAGGGAGUACUAACAAAGCUGUGUAGGAAGAAGCCCAAAGCGAGGCAGUUCUUCCUGUUCAAUGACAUUCUUGUCUACGGUAACAUUGUCAUCCAGAAGAAGAAAUACAAUAAACAGCACAUAAUUCCUCUGGAAAACGUCACUAUCGAUUCCAUCCAGGAUGAGGGGGACUUACGGAAUGGGUGGCUCAUCAAGACGCCAACGAAGUCUUUUGCAGUUUACGCUGCCACCGCCACGGAGAAGUCCGAGUGGAUGAACCACAUAAAUAAGUGCGUUUCUGAUUUGCUUUCCAAAAGCGGGAAGACUCCGAGCAAUGAACACGCAGCUGUCUGGGUGCCGGACUCGGAAGCCACCGUGUGCAUGCGCUGCCAGAAGGCAAAAUUUACGCCUGUCAACCGCCGCCACCACUGCCGCAAGUGCGGCUUUGUCGUGUGCGGGCCCUGCUCCGAAAAGAGGUUCCUGCUCCCGAGCCAGUCCUCCAAGCCUGUGCGGAUUUGUGACUUCUGCUACGACCUUCUUUCUACUGGGGAGAUGAGUGCUUGUCAGUCUACUAGGUCAGACUCCUACAGCCAGUCGCCUAAAUCAUCGUUAAAUGAUGUAUCUGAUGAUGAUGACGAUGAAGACAGUAGUGACUAAGGACCAAAGCUUUUUGGCUUUUUUUUUUCCCAUGAGUUGCAAUUUGUGUUUCAAACCAUAUGGAGCUGCUUUUGGGGAAGUCUGUAGUGAGAUUCCUCAGAAAAAUCCCCUUCUAGCCAUAAAAUAUGCCUAAAUAUCUCCAACUGCGAUGUGCCUCAACCUAGGAAUUCUCUAGACGAUAGUUUUUUCACUCCUCUGCAGGGAUAGACUAUUGCAAAUGUUAUCAGAAUAUUUUCCAACUUCUUAUACUUGAGUUGUGUCUAAGUUAGACUUUUUGUGGAAGACUGGAGAAAGAAUAAGAUGUAUUUUCUUAAUUUAACAGCCCAUACUUCCUGAUGAUGGUUCUUCAUGCUGAUAGUUCAUUACGUGGGGUUUUUCAGACAUGGGGAGGAAACCUGUAAACAUGCGUGGAACAGUGAAGUUUUGGUUCAUCCCUUAAACUGUCUUGUUCUUCUAACCGUGGUAAUACAGUAGGUUGAAAUGUGACAUAACUUACAAACUUAAAUGUCACAAAACUUGGAAAUUGUCUUGUUUUUUGCUCUUAUUUAUGACUUCCUAUGCCAAGCAGUGCCUUGUACCAAUUGUGCUGAUUCAGGAAGAAACAAACCUAUUUGAUGUCGUCUGUAUUUGCCUGAUGCUGAUAUCCGAGAGAUUGUUGGUGCUAUUGAAAAUAACUGCUGUGUUCAAAGUGGAGCUUUGACAAGGUCCCAAGUGUUAUCCUGCAGUGGGUGACAGAGACCCGACUCAUGCGUCCUCACCUGUGCGGGCAGACCCAAAGCCUCUGCAGGUUCCUGCAGGCUACAGUGGGUUUCCCCUGGCAGGAGCUGUGUUGUGAGUCUGGAUCUUGAGAUGAGAAGCUUGAAGUGGCUCAUCACGGGGAUUUGUGUGUUUUCAGAACAGGUUCUAAGUUUCAAAUUUGGCAAAUAUAUACUGAAACUUUAGUUGGGUGAUACAGCAUUUGGGUGUGAUAGCCGAUAUAUUUUUUGAAGUAAUUUCCCAGAAUGACACUAAAUGGUUUCUUUAAACACUGGUGAGAGGAUUGGUGGAGUUUCCCUCCUCCCUCAUCCCUUCCCCUGGAGUUUUAUUGGCUCAUUGAAAAAUAAUUUUGUAUUUUGAACAAAAAGCCUGCAAGUAUCCUUAUAAAAUUGGCUUGUCUUUUUACACAACUGACCUCAGGAUAAAUGAGAUGCAAGUUUUUUCAUUCUAAAUGUAUACCCAGGACCAAGAAAGAUGUAUUUAAGAACUAUAAUGAAAUUGUCAGUGCAGAAAAUGUCUCUACCAUAGUACUUGUUUUUAUUGUUAAUGAGUUCUUCAAUACAGACAUGUCAUGUUCCCAUAUAAAUGUACAAGUUAGACUUCCAAAGGCAUGUAAAGCCCCCAAAUACUAUGUUUCUAUAUUUUUAUAAUGGUGGUGUCAAUUUUGAAGCAGAAAAACCUCUUUGACAUUGUUGUAUGAAUAUAGUAGCAACUGACUUUAUACGAAAAAAUGUUAAAACUUUUGUAUCUCUUUAAGUGACAGUUUCUGCACUGUUUGCCUUGGUUGGCAAUAAUUGGGUUAAAUAUUUAUUGAAUAAACGAUCAAUGCUGCAUACUGCACUAGUCUCCCAUUCUGCAUGCUGUAAACAUCAGUCAUAAGGUUUUUAGAGAAGUUAGCAGAGUGCCUCAAAGCCAUGGCCCUCCGUGAGACUUCUGGUAGCUGAAGAUGCACUUAGCCUCUUUAGGGGCGGCACUCUGCCUUAGCAGUCUGCAAGACAUUGCUUCAGGUGAAAAUUGCAUUAAUGUUUUUAGCUUGGGCAAUUUCUAAAUGUAAGGUUUGUUUUGUUUUGUUAUUUUUUAAAAUAAGCACUGGAGAUCUACUUUGAAAUAAACAAAAUGCUUUCUGAUGGAGACCAGGGACCAGGAAGAUUCUGUGAAAUUGCCAGAUGCACAAUAAACAAUUAUAUAUACUGAAAGAGUAGCUGAAAUAAGUAGUUCCAUAUACUCACUCCUUGAAUGAUGAGGGAAUGGUGACCUGCAGCAAGGCAAACUGGGCUAUUCUGAGAGGCACUUUAAUGGUGCUUGCUUUUUUUUUUUUGUACCUCUCUUACUUGAUUUUUGUAUUUCAGGAAUGGAGACUUGUCAGCUUCGGUUUUUCUACGGAAAAAACUUGUAUGUACCUUCGAGUGACUGAUAAUGGUUUUCUUCCUGAUGCAAUUGUCCUCUUUUCUUAAGCUGUCAGAUAUUAACUUGUCUUGUUAAAGAGUCUGUCUCCCUAUGUACAUUACCUAUGUUUCUAUAUGUUGUGCUUAAUUUUCUGCACUUUUUGGGGGUGGAAAGAGUGUUGCCAAGAGUUAGAUCACAUCCUGUAUUUUGCAGAAUGUUCUUGUACCUACUUCAAAUACCUUUUUAUCUGUCUGUGAAUGAAACUUGCACUGUGUUGCACUGAUCCCUGAAGCUGUAACCAAACCAAUGCGUGCGUGUGGGAUUGUUUUUGGUCUGGAAUUGAUAUAUAUGGUCCAAGCUUUUUGAGAAAGCAUUAAAAAAAGAAAGUGUUUUAUGGUAAUACUCCUAUCCCUCAGUGGUAUUUGUUUAAAACUUUACAAAAUGGACUUGACAUCCACCUCUCUUGUACUUAAAAAUUCCGGAAAAGGGCUCGUUUCGUACUUUGUAAUCUUGUUCUGUCUAAUUAUUUUAUUUACAAAUAUAUGGUGUAGCUUCAA